UCAUGUGAUCAGCUGUGUCCAAUCACAGCUGAUCACCUGAUCAUCAGGGCACUCAUGAUCAGUGUGCCCUGAUGAUCAGUGUAGCCCCAGCAAUGCCACCUGUCAGUGUCCAUCAGUGCCAGCUAUCAGUGCUCAUCCAUGCCACUUUCCAGUGCCCAUCAGUUCCAUAUCAAUGCCACAUAUCAGUGCCUAUCAGUGCACAUCAAUGCCACAUAUCAGUGCCCAUCUGAGCUGUCUUUCAGUGUCACCUAUCAGUGCCAGUCAGUGCCACCUAUCUUUGCUGCCAGUCAGUGCCACCUAUCAGUGCCAGUCAGUGCCGUCUAUCGGUGCCAGUCAGUGCCCCCUAACAGUGCCAGUCAGUGCUGCCUAUCA